GAGAGAGAGAGAAAGAGAGAGAGAGAGGGCGGGUUGGCGAGAAAGAGCAAGGGAGAAGGAGAGAGACAGGGGAGAGAACACAUCGACUCUGCGCUGCUGCCGUUUUGGGGAUAUAUUUCUGAGGGUAAAAAGCUCCGUACAGCAGUGAGCACCGUGUGGAGAGAAAGAAAGGAAGAGAGAGAUAAAGAGAGAGAGAGAGAGAGAGCUCAGGCCGUACCCCAGUCCAGCCUAGUCCACUGACUCCGGUGAUGGAGCUGCCCCAUUUCCCGAGCCACCGAGUCAGGAGCCGAACGCACCGCGCAGCCCCUGCCGACGCCAUGGGGACACGCAAGAUGUAACCCACACACUAUCGACGACCCACUCGGACCCACCCAAGAGAGGAGUUAACGGCUCAAGUUAGCGAAUGUGCUGAGGAGAUAUCGGGACGAAUUGAAAAAGAAGAACGAAUAGUUGGUCAUACUUUUGGUGAAAAAAAAUGAAACAUUAAAGAAGGACGUAUCUUCGGACGACCUCGAAGAUUGCCAUAAUCCCUCUCACGGAAUUUUCCAGCACCCUUCGAAAACGGGCAGGGUCAUGACCCAGUUGCCAUGCGCAUCACCACGGUGACCGGCCUUUCCAGCCCCUCCCCCCUUCUCCUAUUGGCCCAGCUGCUUUUGUGGCUCCUCCCCUUCGGCCCGGACACAGUAGGGGCCGCCUCCACAAACUGUCCCGCCCCUUGCCAAUGCUCCAAUCAGGCGAGUCGAGUGAUCUGUACCAGACGGAACCUGGCUGACGUGCCAGACAGUAUAUCAGUGAACACGCGAUACCUCAACCUGCAGGAGAACUCGAUAAAGGUGAUCAAAUCUGAGACGUUCAAGAACCUCCGGCACCUGGAGAUCCUCCAGCUCUCUAAAAACCAGAUCAGCCAGAUCGAAGUGGGCGCCUUCAAUGGCCUCCCCAACCUCAACACGCUGGAGCUGUUCGACAACAAGCUCACGCAGGUGCCGUCGGCCGCCUUCGAGUACCUCAGCAAGCUCCGCGAGCUCUGGCUGCGCAACAACCCCAUCGAGACGCUGCCGGCGUACGUCUUCAACCGCGUGCCCUCGCUGCGGCGCCUCGACCUGGGCGAGCUCAAGAAGCUCGAGCACAUCUCGGAGGCGGCGUUCGUGGGCCUGGACAACCUGCGCUACCUGAACCUGGGCAUGUGCGGCCUCAAGGACAUCCCCAACCUGACGCCGCUCGGCCGUCUGGAGGAGCUGGAGCUGUCGGGCAACCGGCUGGAGAUCGUGCGGCCCGGCUCCUUCCAGGGCCUGGUGUCGCUGCGCAAGCUGUGGCUCAUGCACUCGCAGAUGUCGGUGAUCGAGCGCAACGCCUUCGACGACCUGAAGAACCUGGAGGAGCUCAACCUGUCGCACAACUCGCUGCACUCGCUGCCGCACGACCUCUUCACGCCGCUGCCCAAGCUGGAGCGCGUGCACCUCAACCACAACCCGUGGGUGUGCAACUGCGACGUGCUCUGGCUCAGCUGGUGGCUGAAGGAGACGGUGCCCAGCAACACCACCUGCUGCGCCCGCUGCCACGCGCCCCCCUCGCUGCGCGGCCGCUACAUCGGCGAGCUGGACCAGAGCCACUUCACGUGCUACGCGCCGGUCAUCGUGGAGCCGCCGACCGACCUGAACGUGACGGAGGGCAUGGCGGCCGAGCUCAAGUGCCGCACCAGCACGUCCAUGACGUCGGUCAACUGGUUCAUGCCCAACGGCACGCUCAUGACGCACGGCUCGUACCGAGUGCGUAUCUCGGUGCUCCACGACGGCACGCUCAACUUCACCAACGUGACGCUGCGCGACACGGGGCCGUACACGUGCGUGGUGAGCAACACGGCGGGCAACACCACCGCCACGGCCAUGCUCAACGUCACGGCCGCGCCCAGCGACAACUACACCUACUUCACCACCGUCACCGUGGAGACGGUGGACAAGGACGACGAGGACCUGGUCAACUCGUCCGGCUCGCCGGCGCUGCGCACCCACAACCAGACCAUCAUCCGCAUCCCGGGCCCCACGCCCUCCUGGGGCCUGGUGCCCACCACCGCCUCCUCGCUCUCGUGGUCGGCGUCGUCCACGCGCGGCGCCUUCACCGUGCCCGUGACCAUGGACCCGACGUACUCGAGCCUGGAGGACGUGAUGAAGACCACCAAGAUCAUCAUCGGCUGCUUCGUGGCCAUCACCUUCAUGGCGGCCGUCAUGCUGGUGGUCUUCUACAAGCUGCGCAAGCAGCACCAGCUGCACAAGCACCACGGCCCUGCGCGCGCCAUCGAGAUCAUCAACGUCGAGGACGAGCUGGGCGCCAGCGCCGGCGUCAGGGGCAGCGGCAUCUCCGGCGGCUCCACCAUGAGCCAGGGCUCCGGAGGAGGAGGAAGCCAGAGCCUGCGGCUGCACCACCCGGAGAUCGUCAACCUGCCCAACCUGGCGCGCGCCGAGCACCUCAACCACUACUACAAGGCGCACCACUUCAACAACAACAUGCUGGGCCUGGGCAUGGGCGGCAUGGGCGGCAUGGGCGGCGGCAUGGGCCUCAACAACAACAACAACCCCUCGCCCUGCACCCAGGGGAUGCCCACGUCGAUGGCCAGCUCCGGCGCCAUCUCCUGCUCGCCCAUGCCCGUGUCGGUGGGCAGCGGCACGGCCACGCUGGGCUCGCUGCCCACGCCGGUGCCCCUGCCCCAGCUGAGCAUCCACGGCUCGCUCAAGGGCCUGAUGGGCAAAGGGCAGAACUCUCAGAUCGAGCCCCUGCUCUUCAAGAGCGGCUCCAAGGAGAACGUGCAAGAGACUCAGAUCUGAGACCUCUCCCCCCCCACACACAAAAAAAACGAUAGAACGAAAGAAAGAGAGAAAGAAUGAGAGAGGGAAGGAGAAAGAUAGAGGGAGAGAGAGAGAGAUGGAGGGAGGGAGGGAAAGGGCAGAGAGACAGUCAGGGAAACACACAAAAGAAAGGGUUUUUUUUUCUUUUUUUGGAUCGGCUUGAGCUCCUGACCCCCAGAAGGGUAGGUCUGAAAAGGCAGCGGCGCGAGUGGCCAUGGCUGUGUACAGACGGGAGUUAGACACUGUUGUGAGUGGUCACGAACACUUUCACACCGCGUGUCAGAGAGAAAGAGGGAGAGAGAGAGAGGGAGAGGGAGAGGGCAGGGACAUACACAGUAUCAGGAAUGGCACUCGCAGCCUAGCCCUACUCCACAC